AUGCAACCGAUUCUGUGGUUUCUAAUUGGGGCUAUCGUCCUGGUGGCCCUCAUUCGAGCGGCCUUGACCUAUGGACAUCGCACUUCGAAUAUGCCUCUAGGCCCUCCAACCCUCCCAUUCAUUGGAAAUGCGCACCUAAUCCCAAAGACUUACACGCACAUCCAAUUCACCAAAUGGGCCCAUAAAUAUGGCGGUCUGUACAUGCUCAAAGUGGGCCAUAGCAACAUGGCCGUAGUGACUGAUCGCCGGAUCGUGAAAGAGGUGAUUGAUAGUAAAAGCUCGCUCUAUAGCCACCGGCCCCACUCCUUUGUCUCGCAUGAACUCAUCACCAAAGGCGACCAUCUACUGGUGAUGCACUAUGGACCACAAUGGCGCACCUUCCGUCGGCUGGUGCAUCAGCAUCUGAUGGAGUCGAUGGUGGAGAGCCAACAUUUGCGGGUUGUCAAUGCUGAAGCGAUUCAGUUAGUGAGGGACUAUAUGGUUGAUCCAAGCCAUCACAUGGCUCAUCCGAAGCGGUAUAGUAACAGCAUUACCAAUUCGAUCGUGUCUGGGAUCCGCACGGCCGAUCGGCAUGGCAGCAACAUGAACCGGCUCUACAAAAUCAUGGAAGAAUGGUCCGAGAUUAUGGAAACCGGCGCCACGCCCCCGGUGGACAUCUUCCCCUGGCUGAAGAAGAUCCCCGAACGGUUCUUCGGGAACUACGUGAGCAGGGCCCGCAUGAUUGGGCAGCAAAUGGAGACCUUGUACGAAGAUAUCCUCCGCAAAGUCGAGAAACGCCGCGAAGCCGGGCAAGAGCUCGGGACCUUCAUGGAUCGGGUGCUCUCCUCGCAAGAUCGUCACCAGUUACCGCGGCAUCAAUUGGCUUUCAUUGGAGGAGUGUUGAUGGAAGGGGGAUCGGACACGAGUUCGAGCUUGACGCUGGCAAUUGUGCAAGCACUGAUUCAGAACCCGGAAGUCCAGCGCAAGGCGCACGCCGAAAUUGAUGCUGUGGUCGGACAUGAGAGAUCACCGGUGUGGGAGGAUCUGUCGCGAUUGCCGUAUAUCAAUAUGAUUGUGAAGGAGGGACAUCGGUGGCGUCCAAUUUUGCCCUUGUGCUUUCCUCAUGCCGUAGGUCAAGAUGACUGGAUCGACGGCAAAUUCAUCCCCAAAGGCACCAUGAUCGUCAUCAACACCUGGGGACUGCACAUGGAUCCUAGCCAAGAGCAUGACCCCGCUGCUUUCGUGCCCGAGCGCUUCGCCCACCACCCCUCUCUGGCCCCCGAGUAUGUCGCGGGCAGAUGGGAGAACCGCGAUCACUACGGCUACGGGGUCAGUCGACGCAUUUGCCCCGGUAUCCAUCUGGCCGAGCGGAACAUGUUCCUGGCGAUCGCGAAGCUCCUGUGGGCGUUUGAGUUUCAGCCGGGGGAUGCAGAUGAGCCGAAUGAUAGUGACCCGGUGACGGGGUAUCAGCACGGCUUCUUGUACUGUGCAAAACCGUACGGGUGUCGGCCGGUGGUGCGGAGUAAGACCGUUCGACGGACGAUUGAGAGCGAAUUUGCCAUUGCGCAGCAGGAGGUCUUUUCGACUUUUACCGAGGGUUGA